UCCCUACCUCCCGCCGCUCCUCUCCCGCCACAGCCCCUUCUAGGGAGGCCGCCCGGUUUGGGAAGAUUCCCAGGAGUCUCCCCCCCGUCCCUUGGGGAGCAGCUGAGGACCGGGAGGUGCACCCGUGGGCCGAAAAGCGCUUUGAGAUUGAGGCCGACUUCGAGGACCAAGCCUCCCCUCAAACCAUUUUACAGAUGGGAAAACUCGAGACCCAGAGAAGGGAAACACUCGACCAGGUCACCCCUCGGCUAAGAGCGGAAGCCCGAAACGGAGUUUAUUCCGGGAAGAUGGGAGUGCACGUCCGCACAGUCCAUGCGGGAGCUGUGGCCGAAGCCCUGCACUAACAGUGCUGACCAGGGGAUCGAGACUGCGUGGAAGCCUGGACUCUUCCUUGCCUCAGUUUCCCCAGCACUCCCUCUGGUGGGGGACGGGAGACGAGGCAACUGGCCAAACGGGCUCCUGCCAAGACCCUCCUCGCGCCUCCCCAAGUCUGAUCGAGGUUCCUUUAGCGAGCUGCCUCCCGGCCCUUUAAAAUCCGGCCCUCCCGUUCGAGCCUCUCGGCGUUCCAUUGGAGAGACUCCAGGGUCCUGGUCCCUGCUCUGGCAUGAACUGCUCAGACUACCGCGGGAGCGGCCUGGAACUGCUAACUGCGCAGGCGCAAGAGCAGCCCACCCGGAAGGCGGAAAAGCCCGGUUCCAGCAGCGCCGGGAGGGUGGGGGGCGGAGAGCGUGUCAGCCAAUGACCUGAAGGAGCAAGGAGGGCGGGAUCAGGCCCGCAGUUGCUAAGCGCUACCCCGGUGGGAGGUGAUCUAAGAUGUGGGGUGAAGGGUGGCUCAAUGGCCCUUCACGUCACCACCCUUCUGGCCCUCGGAAGUUGAGCAACGGUGAGGCGGGCCUAGGACCGGAAGCAGGAAGGAGGGCGCAGGAAGCAGGGUGCUGCAGCCCGUCGUACAGUCGGUCCGUGUGUCUGUCGGUCCCGAGGGCAGGAUGGAGAAACUGCGGCUUCUGAGCCUCCGCUACCAGGAGUACGUGACUCGUCACCCGGCCGCCACGGCCCAGCUGGAGACGGCAGUGCGGGGCCUCAGUUACCUGCUGGCAGGUCGCUUCGCCGAUUCGCACGAGCUGUCGGAGCUGGUGUACUCUGCCUCUAACCUGCUCGUGCUGCUCAACGAUGGCAUCCUGCGGAAAGAGCUUCGGAAAAAGUUACCUGUGCCUCUGUCCCAGCAGAAGCUGCUGACAUGGCUGAGUGUGCUGGAGUGCGUGGAGGUGUUCAUGGAGAUGGGGGCCGCCAAGGUGUGGGGUGAAGUGGGCCGCUGGCUCGUCAUCGCCCUCAUCCAGCUGGCCAAGGCUGUCCUGCGGAUGUUCCUGCUGAUCUGGUUCAAGGCUGGCCUCCAGACCUCACCCCCCAUCGUUCCGCUGGACAGGGAGACCCAGGCACAGUCCCCAGAUGGUGACCAGAGCAGUGGCAGCCAGGAGCAGUCAUACGUGGGGAAGCGGUCAAAUCGAGUGGUACGAACCCUCCAGAAUACUCCCUCCCUGCACACGAGGCACUGGGGAGCCCCCCAGCAGCGGGAGGGACGACAGCAGCAACAGCGUGAGGAGCUGAAUGUUCCCCCCACCCCACUGGGGCUGCAGGAGACCAUCGCCGAGUCCUUGUAUAUUGCCCGGCCCCUGCUGCACCCCGUCAGUGCUCAGUCUGGGCCUGUGGGGUCAGCGGUCGUGGACACCCUGGCUCCUGUCCGGCGUCGUGGAUGUGACCAGCCUGAGCCUUCUGAGCGACAGGAAGGGCUUGACCCGGAGGGAGCGGCUGGAGCUACGGCGCCGGACCAUCCUGCUACUCUACUACCUGCUGCGCUCCCCAUUCUACGACCGCUUCUCCGAGGCAAGGAUCCUCUUCCUGCUCCAGCUGCUGACAGACCACGUCCCGGGCAUUGGCGUGGUCGCAAGGCCGCUCAUGGAUUACUUGCCCACCUGGCAGAAGAUUUAUUUCUACAGUUGGGGCUGACACAUCCCGGGAGUGGGUGCAGGGAGGGGCAGGGCGGCACGUUCUGCUGCUGUGGGCAGGGGGUGCCUGGGCCGUUCAGUUCCCCGGGGCCCCUUUGCCCUAAUAAAACUGACUGGCAGCGCCCGAGCAUGUGGCCUCUCCAUGCCCGCCGCCCAGGGCUCCCAGCACCCCGCCUGGCCAGCAGAGCACCCCCCUGACAACCUCGACUUUUC